AUGAGUUUUGUAAGGACCUUUCCUCGUUUCCGAGUAGCUACUCAGGCUAUUUUCAAGCAAUUUUCUACCUACCGGGCUGUUGCUUCUCCUAGAGUUGCACGUUUGCAGAGAUGCCAACCUGUUGCCCGAGCUCCUUUGGGCAUUCGUAUGGCUUCAACUGAUUCCAGAAAAGAUUUGUUAGCUGCUUUGGAGUCUGAAAUUGAAUACGAAAAGAAACACGUUUUGACCGACACUUCUUUACCUCCUAUCCCGUAUGAAAUUGAGGACAUCCGUGGAGAUGCUACUGUGAAGUUGAAAACACAGAAGGGUGAUGAAACUAUCUAUAUCAAGUUCAAUGUCUCUGACGAUACUCAAGAGCCCGCCAUAGAGGAUAAGGAAUUGAGUGAAUUUGAAGAAUAUGAUAACAAAGGUCAACAACAGCCCAUUGAAGAGAUCCCAGAAGACGAAGUCGGUACUUCUGAGGCGUUGGGUCGCUUCCAACCUUGUACCGUUGAAGUUGUGAAUCCUAAUGUCGGUGUUUUAGCUUUUGAAGCUAUGGCUUAUGAUGAAGGCUUCGAAAUCGAAAACAUUUUCUUCUCUAAAGAUACCAACGUUUUAACUUCGGACAGCGUCGAGGCUGAGUGGUCUCGCCGCAAACAAUAUCUUGGCCCUUCCUUUAAGGAAUUGGACCCUGAGCUUCAAGACCUCUUCCAUAAUUUCUUGGAAGAGCGUCACAUUGAUUCUGAAACAGCUUCCUUUGUCAUUUCUUUUGGAUUAACCAAAGAACUUAAGGAGUACGUUCGUUGGUUGGAAAAUGUUCGCGACUUUGUUAAGUAG